AUGAAAAAUAUCUUCAUACUAAGAAUCCUCGGAGUUCUAGCUUCCCUUCAAAGUAUAACCUUCCCCUCGCCAACAUAUCCACCUUUUCAAGCUUAUGACGCUGAUCCCUACAUUUAUCCAGUCCUUCAGUCUUCAUCAUCAGCAUUGCAACUUUCCAUUGAUACCACAUCUAGCAUCAACAUGUACCUGAAUUCACAGUAUCUCUCGACCUUUAACAGUUCCCAAUCAUAUAACUUAACCUCCCUACCUCAAGGUUUUAGCACCUUGACUCUGACUGAUCAAGAUACCGAGUAUGAUAUCUUGAUCGGAUUAGAAGGCACUCUUUCUUCCUAUUAUAAAGUUUAUUUAGGCACAACUCAAUGCACCUCCUCUGCUUGUGGGUCUACAAGCCAAACUUAUAUUUCAGUGCAGACUAAUGACACUUCUAUGCAAGGAAGAGUGUUUUCAUUAGCCCAGCGGCAUCCAUCAUGGACUUCAAUCCAAAGCUUGCUAUCAUUUCCGCUGAGUGAUUUUUAUAAUUACCUAGAACUAUCCUCAACCAAUGGGAUUGCUCUUUUUUCGGCAUACAGAGUUCCAUCUGCUCAGCAAGCUACAAACUUGACCAUCUCCAUUACAGGGAUCAGCCAGGACUUUCAUUUAUCCCCACGUUUUACAGCGGAUAUUUAUAGCUAUACUCUUGCACCUUCAUUUGAUAGCUCUUCUGGUAUGAGCUACAAUUUGUUUGUGAAUACCACAUCUGAUAGCUAUCUUACAUUAUCAUCAAGCUUAGGCCUUUUUAGUAAAAAAUACCUUUAUUCAGGGCAGUCAAUAAAUGGGCUUUUAAACGGAGGAUCAGGUGAUACUAUUACAAUUCAGCUUCAAUCUGUUGCCAAUAUCAGCCUUAUAAAAACUUAUAGAGGGGUUAGCUGUGGCUCCAUAAGAACUACCUCCACCAAUAACGCUUCGCCAGUUCGAGUUUCUUAACAUCAUGAAGGUUGCUCCUGCCUGACAAGGGCUGGCUUGCACUCGCUACCCUUAUUCUGAUGGGUUGCGUCACUGUGCUGACCGUCAGCCCACCAUUGAAAAUUCAAAGGGUUGAAUUUUCUUGCCAACUCUCGCUAAAAUGGCAUUCGUAGCCCAUGGUGUAGCUCCUGGUUCAUGCUGGGAAAAGUCCCAAUUGGCCAAGAUUAAUGUCAUUGACUCUGCUGGGAGACUCUUUCCAACCUCCCCAUUUCCCGUAAGGUAAAAAUUGACAUAUGAGUAAAACUUGCGAUCGGCCAACCUGACAUUGCGCUUCAAGCUACAGUAGCUAAGAGAAUGGGCUCUUUCAUCACGCCAUUUUAAUGUGUAUCAAUCUGUUGCCAAUAUCAGCCAAACUUCUACUUACAGUAUCUAUAUCCCUGUUAAAUCAGUUGAUCCUUAUCUCCAAAGCUUAAAUUUAUAUCAAGUUUCAUCUUUGGAUUCCUUUACAAAUUUAUCAUCAUCAGCUUUAGUUAGUUCUUGCUGCACAAGUUACACUGAAAUCAUCUUUACUGAAAGCUUUUAUCCACUUCGAACCCUGUACAAUAUUCAAAACUUUGACUAUACCUCAAGCUUGGGAUUUUUAGUUAAAGCUAUCCCCAAUUCUCUUAAAGCUACUAUCCUUAUGCAAUUUAACCAUUUGGGUUAUAGUCCUUACUAUAGUAGUGGAAAAGUGCUUGUGCCAGCUAUAGGGAAGAAUCAAAUAAAUUUAAUGAUUACAGCUGAAGAUUCAGCUUAUAGCCAACAAAUAGAAAUUGAUCUUUACAUGAAAUCGAAUAAUACAGCAUUAAAAUCUGCGACUAUCAAGGGCGAGUGAAAUCCUACUUUUAGCUCGAGUGUAUUUACUUAUAGGGUUUAUAUAAAUUUCUAUACAACUCAAUUAGAAAGCUACUUCGAAAGUCAAGAUGAAAACGCAGUAAUUGAUGCAGGGAUAUCUGGCCUCACUCCUUCAAACGUAUUAAAUUACACUAUCCCUGUCGGUUCUUCGCUUUCUUAUAGCUUAAAAUUUACAGUUCAUGCAGAGACUUCUUCAAUCUCUCAACUCUACACUUUUGUUAUUGUAAAAAAUGAUGCCUGUGGAAACGGUCUUAGAUACUCCUCUACAGAGCAAUGCGAUGACGGAAAUCUUAGCAGUGGAGAUGGCUGCUCAUCCAAUUGCCAAAUAGAAUCAGGCUGAACUUGUAGUGGCGGAUCAAUCACAUCUAAGGACUCUUGCACUGAAAUCCCUCCUACUAAUAACAAUACAGAUCAUAAUUCAACAGAUCAUAAUUCAACUGACAAUACCAAUACAACAGUCUGCGGGAAUGGAAUUGUAGAGAAUGGAGAAGAAUGUGAUGACGGGAACACAGAAAAUGGAGAUGGCUGCAGCUCAAGAUGCAAGACAGAAUCAAAUGGAGAUGUAUGUGGAGACGGCUUGACAUCGCCAAGCAGCAAUGAAGGAUGUGAUGAUGGGAAUACAAAUAAUGGAGAUGGCUGCAGUUCGUCUUGUCAAGUCGAAUCUGGCUGAAAGUGUACAAAUACCUCAUGAAUUGAAGAUCCGAAACCAUCACCAGACACUUGUACAAAAGUAAAUACCACCGUCCCUCACAACUCAACCUCAUCUUCAUCAUCUUCAUAUGUAGAUUUAAGCUACAUAGGAGCAGCUUCCUGCUACUUGUUUGUGACUUCAAUAAUAGUUCUUAUUCCAUCCUAUCUUUUUACCAGUUGGUAUGGAAUUAACGAAGGCAAAGGACUAAAUCUUUUAUCUGGACUACUUUAUGGACUUUUAAUAUUCCAAACUCUUUUUGCAAUGCACAAACUUUCAAACAGUGACACAAAUACGAACCUUUACAAUUCUUUUGGAUGGUCGCAUUUAAGAUUUACUGAAAUGUAUACGAUCCAUCGUGGAAGAUCAACUCUUGACAUACUUGGACUCAGCUCUGAUGAUAAUGGGAUUUUCCUGAAUAACAUCCAAUACUUCCUCAUCAUCCUUGGCGCUAUCAUUACAGUUCAUAUAGUAAUUAUUUUUAUAGCUCAAAAAGCAGUAAGACAACUUUUUGAACUCUGUGCAUAUAAUCUCUUUAUAUUCUUUACUUUCCUACCUUUUGUUUUUUCUUGUGCAGAAUCAAUUAUCGAAGUAGACAAUGAAGACUCAGCUGAAAUAUUCAGUUAUGUCCUUUCCUGGAUUGUAUUAACUACCUAUAUCUCUAUCAUCAUUGCAUGGACUUAUUUAUUCAAAAAAUGGGUCAGAGAUGAGAAUCCUAAUAAGGCAAUAAUCCUUAUGACAGUUGGCCUUAAAACUGCUUCUAAGUCUGAAAAAUCAAACGAUUCCACCCACAUUAGCGACUUAAUUCUGUCACAUUAUAAAGAAAAACCUGAAAGCGGAGAAUGGCACUCACUAGAUGAAGAGCUAACUGAUGAGCACAGAAAAUCAAAUCCUAGCUUAUGAAUGAGUGAACCAAUCAACAAGGUUUUUUCUCCACCUGUCUUGAAAAUGACUGUAAAAAAAGAGCAAGAACAGUCAACUCCUCAAAUGAAAAUAAUAAAGUUUCAAUGGAUUUAUAUUUUCGAACUUUGGGUCUAUGGAACUAUCGUGCUACUUUUAGGCUGCGUUGGCUCUGGAAGGCAAGAGUCUGUGCCUUUGAUUCUGCUAUUUGGAAUAAUUGGCAUUAUCGUGGUGUAUAAUCAGCCGUUUGUGCAUGAUAUGUACAAUACCACUCAUUCCCUUAUCCCAGGGCUGUUUGUGAUAAUAAUCGUGCUGAUGUAUGCAGAGGAUGAUAUUGCGAAAGAAAUUAUACCGAUUUUUAUUUGUGGGGUUGUUUUGAUAAUUUUUACGGAUUUCUCGUAUGAAUUUGUGAAGCUGUUUUAUGGGUUUUUGAAUUUUUCUAGUAAAGAUGAAGGGAUUAGACAGUUUACGAUAUCCCAGCAUGAUGAGAAAGAUGACGAAGAAGAAAGUGAAAAUGAAAAUGAAAGAGAGCAAACACCUGCUUCAUUGGGAAAUGAGUCAGUUCCUGAUGAAAGAAGUAUACACUCUUUUUCGAUUAAUCACAGCUCUUCAGUAAGCGUUAAUGACAUCAGUAUAAAAAGCCCGAGUUCUUAUUCUAUCAACAAUUCACCUAUUAGUGUGCAUGAGAUUAGUAUAAGAGAGGAUGAAUAA